CACACCUGCAUAAAUCACAUUAGUACUGAUCUCGCUGACCUAGGUGUAUCACAUUUCACUAUGGCAUAGUUACAUUUAGGAACGACUGGGUAGACUUGAGACAAGAAACUAUGUAGGACAAUUUGAUUCUUGGUUUUCUCUUAAAGAACAUGAAUCAUAUCUAAAGUAAACACUGUAACAAAGUCACUCCUUCUACAAAGAAGCAUAUUUGAUUUUUUUUUUUUUCAACAUGUACCUGCAUUUUACCAAGCAGCUAGGUCUCCUACGUUUUAAUGAAUUGAAUUUUUUUUUUCUUUGUUAGUUUUUGGACUCAGCAAACACAAAAGCAAAAAAAAAAAAAAAAAAAAAGGAUGAACAGAUGGACCCCUGUUUGGGUAUGAAUUAUAACAUUUUAAGAAGGGCAUGAUAUUGUUUUAUCGAGAAAAACAUUUGGAUUGUAUGAAACACUUCUCACAAAGCCGGAUCCUGAAAAGUUUCUGAGAUGACUUUUUUCAAGUUUCUGAUCAUACUGAUGGCGAUGAACAAAAUAGUAGUCUCACAGCUGACCCUUGAUUCCUCAGAAGCUACAAACCCAGAAACACGAAUUCAUGCUUUCACUGUGGAUUAUGGAUUGGUGCAAAUUCCAUACGAAAUCACGUUAUGGAUAAUAUUGGCUUCCUAUGCAAAAAUUGGUUUCCAUCUGUACCACAAACUGCCAGCGAUAAUGCCAGAGAGUUGCAUUCUAAUAGCUAUUGGUGUGUUACUAGGAGGAAUCAUUUUUGGUACAGAUCACAAAGCCCCUCCAGCUAUGAGGACUGAUAUUUACUUUUUGUAUCUCCUUCCUCCAAUUGUGCUUGAAGGUGGAUACUUCUUACCCACUCGACCAUUUUUUGAAAAUAUUGGGACCAUCAUAUGGUGGGCUGUAAUGGGGACCCUCAUUAAUGCUUUUGGAAUUGGCCUCUCAUUGUAUGCAAUUUGCCAGAUUGAGGCUUUCAAGUUAAGUGAUAUCAACCUUCUACAAAAUCUGAUGUAUGGCAGCUUGAUUUCAGCUGUAGACCCCGUGGCUGUUCUUGCUGUGUUUGAAGAAAUAUCUGUCAAUGAACAACUGUAUGUGAUGAUUUUUGGAGAAUCUUUGUUGAACGAUGGGAUAACUGUGGUUCUGUAUAAUAUUUUCAUCUCCUUGACACAGAUGCACACAUAUGAAAAAAUAGAACCUGUAGACAUUCUAGCCGGUAUAGGUCGAUUCUUUAUGGUUGGCAUUGGGGGAGUGUUUUUCGGAAUAGUAUUCGGAUUCCUAUCAGCAUUUAUAACUCGGUUCACAAAGAAUAUUACAUCCAUUGAGCCUCUUCUUGUCUUCAUGUUCAGCUACCUGUCCUACCUAUCUGCAGAAACAUUUUAUCUUUCUGGAAUAUUGGCCAUGACAGCAUGUGCGAUGACCAUGAAAAAAUAUGUUCAAGAAAAUGUCUCGAAGAAUUCAAAUACAACAAUAAAAUAUUUUAUGAAGAUGCUAAGCAGCGUCAGUGAGACAUUAAUCUUUAUCUUCAUGGGCGUCAGUACUGUGGGAAAAAAUCAUGAGUGGAACUGGGCUUUUGUAUGCUUCACUUUACUCUUCUGUCUGAUUUGGCGAGCAUUGAGUGUUUUUCUCUUAUUUCCUAUAGUAAACCAUUUCCGUACAGUCCCGUUCACUUUCAAAGACCAAUUCAUUAUCGCUUACAGUGGUUUACGGGGUGCAAGCAGUUUUUCUCUUGUGUUUUUAUUACCCAUUCUCCUAUUUCCAAGGAAGAAUAUGUUCAUCACGUCUACUAUAGUAGUUAUAUACUUUACAGUGUUCAUUAAGGGGAUGACUAUUGGACCUCUAGUAAGAUUUCUAAAUGUAAAAAAGACACCCAAAGAGCAGUCAGUUAAUCAAGAGAUCCAUACCCGGUUAAUGGAUCAUAUGAAGACGGGUAUUGCAGAUAUUUGUGGCCACUGGGGACACUAUCAAAUGAGAGAAAAAUUUAAGAUGAUUGAUAAUAAAAUCCUACGUAAGGCUCUUGUCCGUCAAAAUCUUCCCAAAUCAAGCAUUGUCUCUCUUCACCAAAAACUGGAGAUUAAGCAAGCUAUUGAGAUGACUAAAUUUGGCACGAGUAGAAAUACAUCCACGUCAACCUUAGGAUCUACUGCAACCACAGCUCAUAAUAAAGUAACACGCACUCUUUCUUCAGAGGAUGUAGAUGAGAUGAGAGAUAUGUUGACAAGUAACCUGUAUCAAGUUCGCCCAAGGACUCUUUCUUAUGUCAAAUACAACCUACCAAGAGACGAAAGUGAGAGACAAAGCAGAGAAAUUCUCAUUCGUCGCUAUUCAAGUAACAAAAGAGGGAGCAGCCUCCCAUGGGGGGUAGGAAGACAGACUAGUGCCAAAAAUGUACGUUAUUUUUCAUAUCCUUACAAUAAUGAAGGAAGAAAUGAACAGCAACAUUGGGGUCAAGAAAUUGACGGUGAUAAUAACUCAGUAGUCUUCGAAAAUCUCGAACCCAAUUCAAAGCUAAGGCCAGAUCUAAGAAAAACUCGGAGGAGCACAAUUGAGAGGAACACAAAACUCAAUAGAGCUGGAACCUGGCAUCCAAAGGAACUAGAUCCCCAAAAUCCUUUACUGGUCAGAUCAAGAUAUCAAUCUGAAAACACAAAGCCGUACUUUGAUGCAGUGCUUGAAGAAGACAUUCAGAGUUGUGAGUCAAAUGAAGACCAUGAUAGUGAAGCAGAAGACAUUUCUGCAAAAUGGAAAACAUGAUCUAGAAAUGACUGUAACCUUUCCAAAUGGCACUGAGACACUAAGGCGAAUACAGUAGACUGUGUGCUGGUUUUAUGUCCAAGAAAAUAUAAUUUUCUAACAUCACAGUUUCCAUUUCCUGAUGACCAAAACAGCAGUUGCCGAAUGUUUUAGUUGAUCUAUAAUGUGGGCAUUGAUAAUAUUUGAUGUUUAAAAAGUGUUUUCCUCUAUAUUUUUUUAACCUAAAAAUAGUGUAAACCUUGCACUUA